CUCCUCGUUGACAGACAGUCCGGCGGAAGCAACACAUUCGUGUGUUUCCCGUAGUCAUCGUUGGCUAGCUCUGCUACCUGUCCUUUCACGGGAAGCUUUAUUUAUCUUCACUCCUUCGCCACCUUUUGAGAAAACAUGCCGUUAGAGAAUCUCGAAGAAGAGGGUCUGCCAAAGAACCCCGACCUGAGGAUAGCACAGCUAAAGUUUUUGCUCACAAUGGACGGUCACCGACAAGAUGCUAAAGUGAAGACGGAGCUCAUGGACGCUAUCAAAGCUAACAACAUGGCCCCCUACUAUGAAAGCCUUUGCAAGGAGCUCAAAUGGCAACUGGAUGGAGACCUUCUCAGCAAAAUGAAGAAGGCAAACGAGGAGGAGCUGAAGAGGCUUGAUGAUGUAUUGGAGGAUGCUGAGAAGAACCUUGGAGAGAGUGAGAUCAGAGAUGCUAUGAUGGCCAAGGCUGAAUAUCUGAUCAGGAUCGGUGAUAAGGAGGGCGCUCUAACGGCGUUCAGGAAGACCUAUGACAAAACCGUGGCUCUGGGUCAUCGACUAGACAUCGUCUUCUACCUGUUGAGGAUCGGCCUGUUCUACAUGGACAGUGACCUCAUCACACGCAACUCGGAGAAAGCCAAGAGUCUCAUUGAGGAAGGGGGGGACUGGGACAGGAGGAAUCGACUGAAAGUCUACCAGGGUCUUUACUGCGUGGCUAUCAGGGAUUUCAAGCAAGCUGCCGAGCUCUUCCUCGACACAGUCUCGACCUUCACGUCCUACGAGCUCAUGGACUACAAGACAUUUGUCACCUAUACAGUCUACGUGUGCAUGAUCGCCCUCAAACGGCCUGACCUUCGGGAAAAGGUAAUAAAAGGAGCGGAGAUCCUGGAGGUGCUGCACAGUCUGCCUGGGGUCCGUCAGUAUCUUUUCUCCCUCUACGAGUGUCGUUACUCUAUCUUCUUCCAGUCUCUGGCCACUGUGGAGCAGGAGAUGAAGAAGGACUGGCUCUUUGCCCCCCACUACCGCUAUUAUGUACGAGAGAUGAGGAUCCAGGCCUACAGCCAGCUACUGGAGUCCUACCGCUCUCUCACUUUGGGAUACAUGGCCGAGGCUUUUGGAGUCAGCACAGAGUUCAUCGACCAGGAGCUGUCCCGAUUCAUCGCUGCAGGACGUCUCCACUGUAAAAUUGAUAAAGUGAACGAGAUCGUGGAAACAAACAGACCUGAUAGCAAAAACUGGCAGUACCAGGAGACCAUUAAGAAGGGGGACCUGCUGCUCAACAGAGUCCAGAAGUUGUCAAGAGUUAUCAACAUGUAAACAUGAUGUCAGCAAGGUGGAUUCUUCUAUGGUUUUCUUACACCUUAGUAGUAGACAAAUUCAAUUGUGUAUAUAAUAAAAUGUUUGACCGUU